GUCAGUCACUUUAAAAACGUACUAAAAAACUAUCUACCCAACCCGAGAGUUUGGUUCUGAUCCAUGCUUCGGGAGAGGCUUUUAUGUUGAAGCAACCAACCCCCAGUUUCUGUUGAUGCAUAAACUGUUGCUAUAGAGACGUGAGUAAACAUCUGAACCAGCUCAUCCUGUUUUCAACUAACAUGUUGCACACGUCAAAAGGGGAAAAUUGAUUAUAUAUAGAUAUCCCUGAACAUCCGGUUCUGGAUGAAAAAACGUAAAUUUGAAGUUUUUUAAAUGAAGUCUGGUCUAGUGCUGCCAAUCUCGAAUAAUCUCGAAACAACCCGCGAGGCUUCAGCCUGUGUUUUGUUUUUAAGCCUUUUUAGAGUUAAGGUCCGAGUUCAGGAGAGUUAGCGUUAGUUGGAGCAUAUUUCACCUGAACGGAAGCAUUUGGACCGGCAUGCGGGUCUCCCAGGUUUCGGCCCGACUUUACCUGGGUGAUCUGGACUCGGCGCUGAACGCCGCUGUGUUGACCAGCAGGAACGUCUCGCUCAUCGUCAACGCCAGCGGAUUGCUGGACCUCCCCUACCCAGCGCCCGACGGCCUGCAGGUCCUCCACGUCCCAGUCCAGGACCGGCCCCAUGCCCAGCUGGGUCAGUACUUUGACCCGGUGACGGAGCGGAUCCAGCAGAACCAGGCCGGGUCCACUCUGGUCCACUGCACGGCGGGUCGAAGCCGCUCCGCAGCACUGGUCAUGGCUUACCUGAUGAGAUCUGAAGGCUUCAGCCUCCGUCAGGCCCACGAACUGGUUCUGGAGCGCCGGCCGUUUAUCCGACCCAACGCCGGGUUCUGGAGGCAGCUCAUGGAGUAUGAGAGGGAGCUGUCGGGUCAGAACACGGUGAGAAUGGUGGGGACGGCAGCCGGGGUUCUGCCUGAGGCCCUGCCGGACCCGGACGGAGCCGAGUACUGUGUGAACGUCUGAACGCGGUUGUGACCCAAACACAAGAUACCAGAACCAGACAGAGACAAGAAAACACGAACAUGGU